AUGGAAUUUGUUCCUUGCGACAGCUUGGAAAUUAAUGCAAGUACUUCUCUUGGUUUGAUGAAGAGGAAGGUACAAAAUGACAAAAAAGCUUUGAUUGAAGCUCGUGAUGAAAUCCAGGAGAAGAAUAGAGAGAUUGAGCAGUUGAACAAGACCAUUUUACAAAUGAGACGCAAUUUGGAGAAGAAACAAAUGGUGACAGUGAAUAAAGAAAAUGAAGAUGAAAUACUUGGGAAGCUUGAAGAAUUCUAUGUUUAA